UGCAACCGAGAUUGAUCGGUGACAACCGCGCCCUCAAUGCACUAAUAAAUACUAUUUGCGCAUGCGUCAACUCCGUGUGAAAGGAAGUCGACCGCUUCUCAAUGUUUUCUACGUAUAAUAGUACUUUCAAUCACGAUAUAUAGAAAUUAUGGAUAAAAUUCAGUGUACAUUUCAAAAUGCUAAAUCAAAAGAAGAGCAGGAAAAUAAUUUGAUUAAAAAAGAAGAAAUAAUUGAUAAAUGCACAGAACUUGAUCAUGAUGAAUUAGUCAAGCUAACAAAAGGAGCAAUUCGCAAUAUAAUUGAAAGUGAUCCGUUACUUUCUGGUCUACCGGCGGAUGUUACUAUCGAGGAACUCAAAGCUCAAAUUGCAGUUGCACAAGGACAAGCGAUAACUUUGUAUUUGAAUCGUGGAGAAUUACCAAAACUUGGAAUUGUGGUACCCCCUCACCACACUACAGUCCUAGAUCUCAAGAAAGCUAUAAAACGACAUACAAAUUUAUCUCUGAAGAGAGAGAAAGUUAAAAAAAAGAUAAGUUGGAAACAUAUUUGGAAAAAGUAUCAUCUAUGUUUUGAGAAUGUUAGAUUAAUAAAUGACAAUGAAAAUAUAAAAGCUUAUGGAAUCACAAACAAAGCAGAAUUACAUUAUGUAAAAAGACGCAGAGAAAAAAAUAAAUUGAUAAAACACUCUUAGUUUUUGCAUAAAA